AUGUCGAAUAAAGUCAUUCCUUCUGGAGAAGAAGAGUGGUAUCGUGUUUACAAACCUGAACUUGACACGGCUGCUUUUGAUCCGCUUGACCCAGAAAAGAGAUACCACGAAGGUGUACUUGUCGAAACCAGUCCAGGUUCCGGGAAAGAAACCCUAUUCCACGUUACGGGCGAUAUCAUUGCAGCCAGUGGCAUGCAUUAUGAGGAGCGAGCAUUUGAUCGAGAACAGGAAUCAGCAUACCUUCACAGCUUUGAACAAAUCGGACGAGUUCUACAAGCAGACUUUCACUCAGGGAAAAUAAGUGCUAUUUUAAAGGAACUGCCACGGCCAACCAAGCAACAGGGUAUUAAUUUUUGGGAAGUUGAUCCCACCACUGGGCGUCAUGAGAUUAUUUGGACGAGACAGGAUGGAGAACGGUACGGGCCUGACGAGCAACGACGUCCUAUCUUCAAGUGUAACGAGUGGACGCGUCAAUAUGCAAUUCCGGCCUUGCGGGAGGCAGGCAUUUUGCUCGAUUGCCUUUAG